AUGCUCGCCGCCGCCAGCCUGCGCCCCGUGCGCUCCGCCCUCGGGCCCCUGCUCCUGCUCGCGCUCUGCAGCUGGACCGCCUCCGGCCAGGACUGCAGCGGCCAGUGCCAGUGCGCCGCCGGCCCGCCAAGCUGCCCCGCUGGCGUCAGCCUCGUGCUCGACGGCUGCGGCUGCUGCCGCGUCUGUGCCAAGCAGCUGGGCGAGCUGUGCACCGAGCGCGACCUCUGCGACCCGCACAAGGGCCUCUUCUGCGACUUCGGCUCCCCCGCCAACCACAAGAUUGGAGUCUGCACCGCUAAAGAUGGUGCCCCCUGCGUCUUCGGAGGGGCCGUGUACCGUAGCGGGGAGUCCUUCCAGAGCAGCUGCAAAUACCAGUGCACGUGCGUGGACGGAGCGGUGGGCUGCUUGCCCCUGUGCGGCAUGGACGUCCGCCUGCCCAGUCCUGACUGCCCCUUCCCGCGGAGGGUCAAGCUGCCCGGGAAAUGCUGCGAGGAGUGGGUGUGCGAUGAGCCCAAGGACCACACCGUCGUUGGCCCUGCCCUUGCUGCUUACCGACUAGAAGACACAUAUGGCCCCGACCCAACUAUGAUGAGAGCCAACUGCCUGGUCCAGACCACAGAGUGGAGCGCCUGUUCCAAGACCUGUGGGAUGGGCAUCUCCACCCGGGUUACCAAUGACAACGCCUUCUGCAGGCUGGAGAAGCAGAGCCGCCUCUGCAUGGUCAGACCUUGUGAAGCAGACCUGGAAGAAAGCAUUAAGAAGGGCAAAAAGUGCAUCCGUACCCCGAAAAUCUCCAAACCUGUCAAGUUUGAGCUCUCUGGCUGCACCAGUGUGAAGACCUACCGAGCCAAAUUCUGCGGCGUGUGCACCGAUGGGCGAUGCUGCACCCCCCACAGAACCACCACCCUGCCGGUGGAGUUCAAGUGCCCAGAUGGAGAGGUCAUGAAGAAGAGCAUGAUGUUCAUCAAGACCUGCGCUUGCCACUACAACUGCCCCGGGGACAAUGACAUCUUCGAGUCACUGUACUACAGGAAGAUGUACGGAGACAUGGCAUAAAGCCAAGGAGAGGGAGAGACGUUAACUCAAUAGGCUGUAACUUGAACUGAUUCACAUCUCAUUUUUUUUGUGUAAACAUGAUUUCAGUUAGCACAAGUUAUUUAAAUCUGUUUUUAAUUAGGGGGGUGAAAAGUCCCCACCAAACUCCAAACAUUGUGCUAUGUGACAUUCAAACAAAUAGUCUAUCAACUCCAGACACUGGUUUGAAGAAAGUAAGACUUGACAGUGGGACCAUAGUAGCCCACAGCUUCACAGUGUGUAAUAGGGUGUGGCUUUGGGAACAGUGGGAGGGCGCUAGGAGAAAGCAGUACCAUCAGGAAGUGGUAAGGAGCUUGCUAUGUGAACCGUAACUGAGAAGGAAAAUUUGAGUUUGCUCGAUGACCUGCCUGUAGCUCCUGCAGCAGCUAUGGUGUGUGUGCUCAGGCCAUCAAGAGGCUGAACCAAGCUGUUCUUGAUGUCCAAACAGCAGAUUCAGCGUUGACAUUCUGAUUUGAAUGGCAGUGUU